AUGCCCCUCUAUCUCCUGUUUGCUGUCUCCGGUCCCGCACCGCCCACCCUCCAGCUUAUUAUAGGCAUUACAUAUCACCUCUACAAACCUUCUACGAACCUAAAUCUAAUAGCAAUCAUCUACAGAGUCCAUCCGCCUAUGUUCUCCCGAUUCUCACAACUCACCAGACAUCUUUCCCGUCCCCUUCCCAACUACGCCCACACUUCCGCGGCAGCUACAGCUAGCCGUGUCCGUCCCCUCAUGGCGUCCGCCGCUCCCACUCCUGAUGACCGCAACAGCAGGGCGAUACACACGGCGGCAUGUUUGAUCAUUGGAGAUGAGGUGCUAGGGGGCAAGGCAAGUCUGACCGUCGAUACGAACUCGGCGUACAUGGCCAAGUUCUGCUUCAAGCUAGGAAUGUCUCUAAAGCGCAUCGAGGUUAUUUCAGACGAUGAGGGCGAGAUCAUAGAGGCGGUCAGGCGAAUGAGUGAGAACUACGACUUCGUAGUUACCAGUGGAGGCAUAGGCCCGACCCACGACGACAUCACCUACCAAUCCAUAGCGAAAGCCUUCGGACUCCCCCUCAAACUUCACGAAGAAUCCUAUGAGCGCAUGAAGAGACUCGCAAAGCCCCACCCUCAACAACCACAUUUCUCCUGGGACGAAGAUACGCCUGCGCGCAAAGCCAAGCUCCGAAUGAUCGAGCUACCUACCGACGAAUCUAGAGAUUUAUCCAAGCAAGUGCUCUUCCCUGACGAGGAGCUAUGGGUGCCGGUUGCUUGUGUCAAUGGAAAUGUACACAUCCUGCCUGGAGUGCCCCGAUUAUUCGAGAAAUUGAUAGAUGGGAUGAAGCCAUUGCUGCUUCCGCGGCUGGAGGACCCUGAGAAGGGAAUCCAUAGGAUAAUGAUCUCGACGCCGUUGCCGGAAAGUGCUGUGGCGCCUUAUCUGACGGAGUUGGCAGAGAAGGUCGAGCCGAAGGGGGUGAAGGUUGGGAGUUAUCCUAGGUGGGGAAGGUCGAGGAAUACGGUGACUUUGGUUGGGAGAGAUCCGGAAUUCCUCGAGAGCCUGGUUGCGGAGGUCGAGAAGAACGUGGAUGGCCGGCGGAUCAUGGUGGAGGGGGAGGAUGAUGUUGAGAUCCAGGGCGCGAUUCCUAGCCAGUGA